AUGACCACUUCAUCAUCCGCUGGAACCACCAGACAGCAGCUACCAGACCCAUCAACUUGGGUUCCGUUGAAAUCCAAGUUCAUCGAUCGAUCCAGCUCUCAUUGGACCUCAAUUUACAAAGCUCAACUCGACCCCCAUCAACACUCCGAGCUAUGCGGGCGUCUGGCGAACUUCGUUCCAGCAUCACCUACAAGAAAACCCGAUCAGGACAACGCUAACUGGAUUGCAAUUAAAAUUGUCUCCCCUCAUUUAAAUCGCCCGCCUCACGAUACUCUGACGGAAAUCAAAACCUUAUCCCGGCUAGACCACCCAAACGUUGCACCUCUACUAGCAUACAGGGAACCACCUGAGCACGUCAAUUACUGUCUGUUUUUGCCGCUUUACCCACUCAGCUUGUACGAACUUCUGAAUGCACAGAAAAAACACUUCCAUCCGUCGACCUACGCGGGCUUCGAUGUUCUUACCCGACGAGUGGUCCGCGACGUGGGCGCCGGGCUGAGUUUUCUGCACAACCAAUCGCUUGCUCAUCGGGACAUCAACCCGUCAAACAUCGCCUUGACUAACCAGGGCCAUGCCGUGCUCAUCGACUUCGGAACCGUCUGGCCCGGCCAUCCUGCCCCUGAAUCCGACUCGCUGGAAUUCGAGCUCGGAACCAUGCCCUAUAGAGCACCGGAGCUGCUAUUUGGAAGCCGUUCGUAUUCGCCAUUGGCGCUCGAUAUCUGGGCGUUUGGCGCGCUGAUUGCCGAGUUUUACAGGCCGAUGGAACGCUCAGAGGACGAGUUUGUUCCGCUAGACUCCGCCCCCUCAACCCCAGAUAACACAGGCUUGGGCACAGGGACAGCGAUGGACUGGUACUCUAGCGGCGACCUCAGCGAUCCAUCGGGCGCUGCUCUUCCCCAACAGGCCAAUCUCAUCUGCCCGGUCGUUCGUAAAACUCUUUUCGACGGCUCCAUCGGGGACAUUGGCCUGGCCGGGAGCAUUUUCAAGAUUCGUGGAACUCCCGAUUCCACUACUUGGCCAGAGGCCAAACGACUGCCGGAUUUCUCAAAGCUGAAUUUUCACGCAUUCCCCAAACAAGAUUUAAGAGUUCAUCUACCGACUCUGAGGUACACUUUGGACUCCCUUGUGGAAAAGCUGUCUGCUAUAGUAGGACAAGAUACGGAAGAGGCGGUCAAGCUGAGGUAUCAAAUCGAAGUAGAGAGACGCGAGAUGGAAGAGAAAGUGAGCAUGGUCGACGGCUUCUUGAGCUACGAGUCGUCGGCCAGGCUCCGCGCUUUCCGCGACAUCUUCUCCCCUGAACCCAGCUGCAGUAGCCAUGAUCGUUGCAAUUCUUGGAUUUGGGAAACUGUGGUCAAUGAGGACCAGAUCUGUGUAGACACUGUGGAUACCUUCUUCUUAUCUGAAUCUGAUUGUUGA